GCAGCCCCAGCGGAGAGCGCGCUCCUCCCGUGCUCGCGCCGGCCGGCGUUCAGUCUGCGAGCCGCGCGCUCGGUGGAGCUUCUGUCGCUGCCGCCGCCGCCGCCGCCGUCGCCUCCGCCGCGACUCCCGACCGGAGGCUGUCCUCGCCCUCAGCCGUCUCAGGCCCUUCCCGCCCCUCGCCCCGCCGGCCGCCGGCGCCUGGCUCCGACGCGGGGUCGCGAAGAUGGAGGUGCCGCGCCUGGACCAUGCCCUGAGCAGCCCCAGCAGCCCGUGUGAGGAGAUCAAGAACCUCAGCCUGGAGGCCAUCCAGCUGUGCGACCGUGAUGGUAACAAAUCACAAGACAGUGGCAUAGCAGAGAUGGAAGAACUACCUGUCCCACAUAAUAUCAAAAUAAGCAACAUCACCUGCGACUCCUUCAAGAUCUCAUGGGAGAUGGACGCAAAGUCAAAGGACCGCAUUACACACUAUUUCAUUGACCUCAACAAAAAAGAAAAUAAGAACUCUAAUAAAUUUAAACACAAGGAUGUUCCAACAAAAUUGGUGGCAAAAGCUGUUCCCUUGCCAAUGACUGUCCGUGGACACUGGUUUUUGAGCCCAAGGACUGAGUAUACAGUAGCAGUGCAGACUGCCUCAAAACAAGUUGAUGGCGAUUAUGUUGUGUCUGAAUGGAGUGAAAUUAUAGAAUUCUGUACAGCAGAUUACUCAAAAGUUCAUCUAACACAGCUGCUGGAGAAGGCUGACGUGAUUGCAGGACGCAUGCUUAAGUUCUCUGUUUUCUAUCGAAACCAGCACAAAGAGUAUUUUGACUAUGUUAGAGAACACCAUGGGAAUGCUAUGCAGCCUUCUGUCAAGGAUAACAGUGGCAGUCAUGGCUCUCCCAUCAGUGGAAAGUUGGAAGGCAUCUUCUUCAGCUGCAGCACCGAGUUCAACACAGGCAAGCCACCACAGGAUUCACCGUAUGGAAGAUACAGGUUUGAGAUUGCAGCAGAAAAACUUUUCAACCCCAAUACUAACUUAUACUUUGGGGACUUCUACUGUAUGUACACUGCUUAUCAUUAUGUGAUUCUUGUCAUUGCCCCUGUGGGAUCACCAGGAGAUGAAUUUUGUAAGCAGCGCCUUCCUCAACUAAAUUCCAAGGAUAAUAAGUUUUUGACCUGUACAGAAGAAGAUGGGGUGCUGGUGUACCACCACGCCCAGGAUGUCAUUUUAGAAGUCAUUUACACUGACCCCGUGGCUCUUUCCCUGGGCACCGUGGCAGAAAUCACUGGUCAUCAGCUCAUGAGUUUGUCUACUGCAAAUGCAAAGAAAGACCCCAGCUGCAAAACCUGUAACAUCAGUGUCGGACGUUAACACUACUUUCGCACUCUCCCUACCCUGCCCACCCAUAGGAGCAUUACCCUCUGCCGCUCAUUUCCAUCACCAGAUGUUCCCACUGAAGCAUGCAUACGCCGCUGUCACCAAAAGCAGACUACAGCAUUCAGGGCCUCUCCGUGUCUCCUCUUGCCCACCCUUGUCCACCUUUUCCAAUGAUGUCCCCAAGUUGUCCUGACACUUUGUUUGCCUAGAUGCUGCAAUGCUUUUAUGUUUCCUUUAUGCCAAACAUAACAAGACAGUUAUAUAGACCGCUUUAGCAAAGUACAAAAUAAUGGCUUAUAAAUGGUGUUUAAAUAUGCAUCCAUUUUAAUCUACUGAAUAAAUAUUGGGAUAACUCCAAACCGCAUGAAAGGGUGUAAUUGCAGCAUGAGUUAAACCUUAAAAGCCUAGAAUUGUCAGCACUUCCACCUUGUUGUUUGACAGUGUUAUUUAUGUUAUUUAUAUUAGCUAACAGGAAACAGUUACUGUGCUUCAACAUAAUAAAUAUAAUAGAAAAAUAUUUUAUUUGUAUGUUGUAUAAAAUAUUUACAAUCAUAUAGAAUAUAGUUACAUUUUAAUAGCAAUUGUAUACAUCUCACGAAACCAUUUCCCUUAUCAAAGAUGUAAUUUGUAAACCUCAAAUAGUUGUGUAUCUGUCCUGUUACAAGUAGAUGACUUCAAUUAAACAAAUUUAUGAAGGCCAUUACUCUGAUUCAUAAAAGGUUUAAAACAUCAGGUGAAUACAGAGAAAACAAUAUGCCUCUGAUAUAUACUCUGCUUCUAGAAUCAGUAUUUUUUUUCCUUCUGCCCAAGCAGUAUGAAAAUCUGAAUUUCUCCAACACCAUGCUUAAACAUUACAGAAAACAGAAAUAUGAAAAAAGUUGAUAAUGAGAAAAUGUCUGUUACUUGAUUUUACAAAAACCAAAACCAAUAAAUGUGUUUUUAAAUGAAUGGAGAAAAAGCAAGAUACACUAAAUAAAGCAAAUAAAAGGUU